UUCCAUCUUAACGUUUUUCUUUUUCUUGUCUAUUUUUCUAUUCGCUCUUUAUUUUUUUUCCCUUCUUUCGCUGUCCAGAUAUGAGAUUUCAAUUUUUUUGGCUUCGUUUUUUCUAUUACGAGCAUUUUGAGCUACAUGAUUUGGGUGUUUGUUCAUUCUCCACUUUAAUUGAGCAAGAAGAAUUUUGGGGAAUUUUCGAUUUUCCACUGCUUUUUAGAUGUUAAUUUAUUGCAUUUUCUUCAGUUUCGGUGGCGUUAUAGAUAAUGCAAAUCCCAUUUUAAUGGAAAUUAGAAACACUUCCCCCCCCCCCCCCCCCCCCCCCCCCCUGGCGUACUGCUUGCUAGCGAUUUGAGUAUGAAAAUAUCUGGAUACAUUUUAUUUUUCCCAUUUUUCUGCUAAUUAAAAAUGUGGGUUUUGAUUUUACCAUGUCAAUCCGGUGUUUGGAUUCAUUUUAUUUGAGUUGUAUAACGUUUUGUAUGUACAUAUAUCAAUCUGGAUAUUCUGGAGUCAGUUUAUGUUGAAAUUGCAUUAACUUUAUGUGUGCUAAUAAUUGAAAAUGAUUUUUAAUAAACAGUUUUGCUACUUUCUGUAGACAUUGCUUACCCCUUGUAAAUUAUACUACUAAUGGUGAAAUAAUUAGUUUUUGAUUGUAAGAAGAUGGUGGUGAAAGAACUAUCUGAUUAGAAUUGUACAUGGGUCUAAAUUUCCCAUGCCGAAUAAAUUUUGAAGAAACCUAAGCUAGCCCUGAGUUAAUUUAGAAUUUGUACAUUUUUGGAAGUUUUAUGUUUAUGCAUAUAUCACUGUUUCAUUUUGGAAGUUUGUACAUUUUCUAAAAUAUAUGCAUAUAUCAAUGUACGUUUUUGUAAUUUUGAAAAAGCUCUCUUCUCUCGUUGUCUUUCAAUUUCGGUUUCACUUUGUUUCUGUCAAGGCUCAGAAACUAGAAUCCAAACAUGCAAAAAUAACAAGAAUGUAACAGGAGACAUUUAGAAUGUGAACUGUGAGAUUUUGGUUGCAAGCUGUCUAAGACCAUUGCUUAUUAUCCAAGAUGGGAACUUCUGCUGAAGCAGAGUAUGCUGCUUUUGAAGAUAAGGUGAAACGCACUGUUUACAUUGAUAACCUCUCACCACAGGUGACUGAAUCUGUAUUGCAAACUGCUCUGAAUCAGUUUGGUUCUGUCAAGAGUGUGCAGUUUAUUCCGAACUACUUGGGACCAAGUAAUCUUGCAAAGUGUGCGUUAAUCGAGAUGGAACAUGCAAAGCAGGUUGAGGGUGUUAUCUUAGCAGCAACAGAGUCUCCUUUCAUGAUAUCUGGGAUGCCAAGACCUGUGAGGGCACGCCGUGCUGAAAUGGAGAUGUUUGAUGAAAGACCAGCAAAGCCUGGUAGAAAAAUAGUAUGCAGCUGGAUGAAACCAAAUGAUCCUAGUUUUGCUGAUGCCAUGCAACUGAAGAAUUUUGCUAAAAAAUCUUUUGCUGAAGCUGAUUUGUUGCUUGAGAAACAGCUGCAGGAAGAAGAGAAGCUUGCACAUCAGCAGCAAGAUACUCUCAAAACAAAUUACAAGAAGUAUGAGAUGAUAGAUGCCCUACUCGCUGAUGGAACUGCUCGCCGCUUGGCACGUCGUUAUAACAUGAAUGUUGCAGAUGACUAAUCGACCUUUUAAAGUUCUACCAGGUAGUAAAACAGUAUAUUGGAUUAUGGGAUUGGGGAUAGUUGAGAAAAGUAAAGCAACAAAUAGAAGAAGGUAACAGAAAGGAAAAAGCAAAAAAAAAAAAAAAAAAAAAAAAACAAAAAACAAAACAAAACAAAAAAGACAAAAAAGAAAAAAAGAAAAAAUAGAUAGAGAUAGUGAGAUUAACAAAAGCUCAAUACAGUUAGAGCUAAUACAACUUGCUUGGUAACCAACUUAAGCUGUUGUGGACAACUUGAAAUAUAGAUAUCUCUGAUACCCUCCCUCAAAACAAACUCUUCUAUGAUCUCAAAUAUGCUUUUCACUUUGACAGUGUUUUAAUUUCUUCAGUGUUUAGCUUAUUUCUCAGGUCCAAAAAUCUUGCUGACCAAGAGGUUUUGUAAAGAGAUCUACUACUUUUUCUGUUCUCAAGUUGGAAUAUAUCUAACUUCCAAAGACUUCUCAGUGACCUUGUCUCUAACAAAAUGUAGGUUUCUCUGUGUUUAGCUCUUGCAUGUAAAACAGGCUUAGUAGCCAAUGAAGCUGCACCAAUAUUUUCACUUCACACAAUAGGGCAAAUAAUUUUUUGUAACUCCUGAGAUAAAUUCUGCAGCCAACGAAUUUUGUUUUGUUACAAUUCCGGGAGAUGAGAUUAUUCCUUUUAAUAAUCCAAGUUUGAUUGUUCCUUAUUAUUUAUCUCAA